AUGACCUACAUUGUUGACGAUAAUAAUACGGUCUAAGAAUAUAAAUAGAAAUCAGACUUACUUAAUUUGAUUUAUAACCUCAAAAGUCAUUUAAGAGAGAACCCUUGUAACAAAGUCAAAUUGUUUAUUGUUCAAAAGGAACGAAAGAUUGGAGAUAUGGAUGACAGUGAUUUGGAUCUGCACAAAAAAUGUAAGAAGUAGUUAAAAGAUCUGACUGAGAAGUUAACAAAAAGAGAUCAAUUAAUACAGGAUUAAACAUCAUCUUACAUGAAGGAAAUUCAAAAUCUAACCGAAUAAAUUUACAGACUAAACCACGCAUAACUCAAUAAUGAGAAUAUAUUAAUUGAUAGAAAUUUAAUAAAAGAUUAAGCUACUUUGGAUAUCAUAAACAAGAACCUCGAAAAGGUUUCUCACAACUAUGAAAAUAAGAUUAAGCAUUUAAACAUCAUUAUCGAAGCCUAAAAAAGAGAGUUAGUAAUGACAAAACAGGCACUGAAAGAUUUCAAAUAAAAACACGAACAUCAUCAAUCAGCAGAGUACUUGGUCAGAAAAAUAGCUUAGCUUGAAAAAGAUCCAUACAAAAUUUGGAAAUACUUCUAAGAAAAUCAUGGCAACUCAUUUAUUUUAUCUGUAUUCAAACAUCAAAAACAGGGUUAUGGCAUUAAUUAUAAAGAAAUUGAUCAGAUUCUCUCUUAAUCCAAAAUAAUAGAAAGAGAAUUGUAAAUCUAUUAAUAAUUGAUUGAAACCUCUCUCACUUUAUUUAUGGAGAAACUCACCUAAGAUCAGAAAAAGAUUAAGGAAACCUACUCACAAAAGGAAACAGAAUUGACAUCCCAAAUAGCUCUGUAACACAAGAUUCAAAAUGAUCUAGAGACUAAUUAUCAAAAAAUCAUUUCUUUUUUGCUCACCCAAAAUAAAAACAGCUUAUUGCAUGCUGCCAUCCUUGUAUGGAGGAAUCAAACUCAAAUAAGCAAAUCAAUUACUGCUAAUCCAAAAUAAGCAUCUUCAAUUUCAGAUUUCUUAUAGAGUAUGUAGAAACUCAAAGUUAACUAUGAAAAUUUAGAAUAUUCUUCAAUAUAUCAUAAUUAAUUUAUUUAAUUGCAAUCAAAGAUAACUUGGUUACAGAAAUUGCUAUUGAAUUAUUAAUAGAGUAUAUAGAAGUAAUAGUUUUCGAAGGAUUUGUUAGAAAAUUAGUUAAAAUUGUUAUAAUAGAAAGUUGCAGUCAAUAAUUAAAACGAGAAGUAAAAUGAAUCCGAUAAAAAGAAGUAAAACUAACCCAAUUUUGAGUUUGAGAAAGAGAUGGAAGUCAAGUAGAAAUAAUAGGAUUUAGAAUAAAAUCUUCAUCACUAAUUUGUUCAAGAGGCAAGAAAUUCUGAUUAAUACACAUAGACAGAGGAAUAUUUUGUGCCAUAAUAUAAGCAAUUUCUGACGCCUCCUAAGGUUAUAAUGUAGAAUGAAUUGAUUCAAAAUUAAUUAGAAAACAAUAUUAAGGGAUAAAGUGAGGUUUAAAUAUUUGAUAUUGAACAACCAGAUGUUAAAAAGUAGACCAAAACUUCGAUUAGACAAUCUUAUAAAUAAUUUGAGUCAUGUAAGCCAAAGACUCCAUGCAAUAAGACAUAUUCAGCAUUUAACACAUCUUUAGAAUCUAACAUUAUUGAAUUGAAACCUAAAAUAGUGUCAGAUCAAAAAGAGUAUAAUGUCAUCAGAAGAAAAUCUGAGUGUAAAACUGAAGUUAAGCCAGUCCCUUUUCAAACGCCCUCUAAGAGAUAUUAAAAGGUUGACUUACUUAAGUAGGUUGAAUUGUUAAGCUAAUUGUAAUUGCAAUUAAAGGAGUGUGGUACUCCAUAAGAGAAAAAUUAAAUGAGCUCAUCCCAAAGGCAGGAGAGAGGAUUUAGGACUUCAGUUAGACGCAAACCAAAUUUGAGCAUAACUUUUGAGCAAUUUCAUAAUGAAAUGAAUGUGGACCCAUUAGAAAUGUUUUCAUCUACGUAGCGAUAGAAUAAGAUAAAAAGACUUUCCACCAAAGAUUGCGAAUAUUUGGUUUUGUGA